AUGCCUCGCGGACCAGGGAAAUAUGCCUACAAGUUGCGCCACACUGGAAGCCAACCUAGAACACUGCCUUGCCAUCGAAAACUGGCCCCCGAAGAGGUCAAAGAGCUCGCUCAAAUCAUGCAGGAGCGCUUCCGUUGGGAGAGCGAGCCCCGGUUCUUCCAACUUGAAGGCGUGAAAGCGCAGAUUGAAGGUGUCGACACUGUCAUCCAAGCCCCGACUGGGUCCGGCAAGACGGCAAUUGCAGCAGGACCACACCUCUGGCGAGGCAAUGAAGGAAAGACCACAAUUAUGGUCUGUCCGUUGCUGGCACUCGAGGAAGAAAUGGUCGAGACAUUCAAGACCGAAUUUGGCCUAACCGCGGUUGCUGUGAACGGACAGAGCACGCUCACAAAGAAUAAGCAGAUCAUGGAGAUCAUACGUGGUCAGUACCGGAUCGUCCUCAUCUCCCCCGAGAUGCUCCAGUCACGCGCGUUCAAAAACCGUGUGCUUCGCAACAACAAGUUCACGCGCCGGGUGCUGAGCAUCUUCAUUGAUGAAGCGCACUGUCUCUCGCACUGGGGCGCUGACUUUCGCAAGCUCUACGCGAGCUUGGGGAGCGUACGUGCAUUCCUCGCUCCCGGGACUCCCGUUAUUGCUGUGACGGCAACCCUGACCGCACGGGUCCGUCGCGAUCUUCAUAACAAGCUUCACUUCCCGAAGACUGGCGGCCGGUUCAUCAACAUUGGUAACGAUCGGCCCAACGUCUCGAUCGUUGUUCGUGCCUGCGAGCAUCCUCAGAACACGCUCGCUGAUCUGGACUUCGUUCUGCCUGAGAAGAUCGAGUCCGCAAAUGACAUCCCGAAGACGUACCUCUAUGUCGAUAACAUCGAGGCUGGUAAUGACAUCAUCGACCAUCUCGGAAGCAUCCUCCAACAGCGUAAUCCCGCCCUCUAUGAGCUCGGUGUCAUUCGCCCAUUCAAUGCUACAAUGUCCGCUGACUACCGAACCCACGCCAUGGCAGCCUUCCGCAACAAUAGCCCUGUGCGCAUUCUUGUAUGCACGGACGCCGCUGGCAUGGGCUGCAAUGUUCCUGACGUUGACCUUGUCAUCCAAUGGAAGCUCCCGGCCACUCUGUCCAAUUUCAUUCAGCGUGCAGGGCGUGCAGCGCGAGCGCGGAAUCGCACAGGUAUUGCGAUUCUCCUUGUAGAGCGAUCUGCAUACUCGAUCAAUCUGCAAACGAUCCCAGCAGAGCAAGACCAGCCAGAGCCGAAGACGAGCAAAGGCAGGCAACGAGCUCGUAAAUCCCGUGGGCCUCCGAAAAGCGCACGCCAGAAGACACCGAAAGACUACGCUAAAAGACAUGGCAUUGACCGUGGGAGUAGCGUCGGCCCCAGCCAUGACACGGUCCUUGACCCAGCCGAUGACCCCAUUGUUGACCACGGCGCUGCCGAUGAAGGGCUUCUAGCCUUUGUACAAAGCACACAAUGUCGCCGCAAGAUAUGGCGGGAGAUCUAUGAGUGCCCACUCUCCGAAGCCGUGCCAUGCUGUGACAUAUGCGAUAGCUCCCUGCUUAAUCGCGCACGCCCACCACUACGAGAAAAGGGGCCAAAAGCUUCUAGGCCGAAAGUCGGCCUCCCAGAUCCCAACGCGCAGACCGCACUCGAGAGCUGGCGUGAGCAGAAACUGGACGACGAUCAUCCGCAUGCCGUCUUCGGAGCUACCGCGAUCCUGAGCGAUUUGCUCAUUGAACGCCUCACAUCUGCAGGGCCCAAGACGCGUCCCGUACUUGCGACGAUGCUCAAGACCUGGCUAUGGCGCGAUCGUUAUGAAGGCGAGCUGACGGACCUACUGUUGUCAUUGCAGAUUCGGUCAAUCCCCAAGCCCAAGGCAGGCAGCGGUGGCGGCGGCGACACAGGCACAACGACGGGCCAGAGUGCCAGCUCUCGUAAACACACUACUACGGACGCACCCGAUGACCAGCAGCCACCAAAACGAGCACGCCGCUCAGCUGACAAUGGGGUAUGUCAUGGACAAUAG